UUUGUUUUACAUAUGUCAUAUGUCAAAAAAUGUCAAAACGAAAAUUCAGCGAAAGCGAUUUUUCGCAGAGUAAAAGGCGUCAGACGAAGGCUGACGCUAAGAAACAUUCCUUGGAUUCGGACGAAGAGGACGACUACGAUGAAGCUGAAGACGAGCUCAACGCCGAUGAUAUCGAGGGCGAAGAAGAGGGAAUCUCGCGUCAGGUUGAAGGGGUCCGCAUGACCGCUUUCAACAUGAAAGAGGAAAUGGAAGAAGGGCAUUUCGACAAAGAGGGGCACUUUAUUUGGAACAACGAGAAGGAGAUCAGGGAUAAUUGGUUAGAUAACAUCGACUGGCAUAAAGUUAACAGCGAUGAUAAGUACCAACUGGACCCCAACGACAAGAGUUUGGGUGCGGAGAGUGACUCUGAAUCGGAAGCUGAGAAUUUCGACGAAAUUGGACAAUAUAAAAGGAUGCUCCACUUUAUGAAACCGAAGGAAACAGUGAAUAAAUGUCUGCGGAGGUUAGGAGGUGAUUUGAAGUUGUCCAGUGUAGAGAGACUGAAGAGGAAAAAAGCGGGAACUUUGAAUUCCAAUCAGGACGUGGCGGAUAUGACUGAAAUUGCGGAUAGUAUUUUGACGAAAACAGGAAACAUGAAUGUGUACCAAGAGACUUUUGAAGAAAUUUCCAAAAAAAUUGAUGAUAGGACAAAACCCAAAAACAGUGAGCCUGUUUUGGACAUGUAUGCUGACGAUUUUGGCGACAAGGAGAAGGAGAAAAUGGAGACGGCUUCAAUGUCAGGUAAAUCUGAUCAGUUAAUGUGGGAAUUUAAAUGGGACCAAGGCAAGGACAAAGUCGAGGGUCCUUACGAUACUAAACAAAUGAUAAAGUGGUCGAAAGAGGGGUACUUCAAAACGGGAGUGUGGGUGCGUAAGUGUGGCGAACAAUCCAAUUUUUAUACCUCAAAUAGAAUAGACUUUGAAUUAUAUGAUUAAUCGUGUUGUAAAAAUUUUAUUAUCAAUAUACACAAAAAGAUAAAAGCAA